AUGUUUCAAUAGGAAGAUGUAUAUGAUUAUAUUAAUUUAGAAUCGUGUGAAGGCUAAAAGAGAAAAUUAUGCUGUCGAAAUCAGAAAUUAAAGCAGAUUAGCAAUAUUUAAUUAGAAAAGAAAUUAAUUUGCAUCAUAAGCAACUUUAUAUAAGUAUGUACCUGAAAAUUUCUUGGAAUCAAUUCCAGAAGCUGAGAUUCAAGUUUUUAUAACAGAAAAGUUAUUGAAUCCAAAUAAUCAAUUACCAUAUGUUUUAGAAGGUUUAAAAAUCUUAAAUGAGAAAAGAAAAUAAUUAAAAAUUUACAAAUUGCUCUAACCAAAAUUAUUAGAAUUGAUAACUCCAUUUGUAGGAGUUUUAUCAUCUAAAGAAGAGUAUUUAUCAUAUCUAGUAUUUUAUCAUUUGUUGAAUAUCAUUUAUUAUUUAGAUCAAUCAUAAUUACUACUAUUUUAUAAUAUGUCAGGUUUUAAGGAAUUGUAUAUUUAUAUAAAAGAUUCAACAUUUGAUUUUAUUAGAUAAGAAAAAUUAGAAGUUGCUGCUUUUGGAUUAUUUACUAUUGCUAAUAUUUUAAGUGAAAAAGCUUUAGUUCUCAAACAUCCAUUUAUAUUAUAAUCAUAUCAAUAAUUUUUAAUUGAUCUUGCAAUUCUUUAAUAGAAUAUUUAGACAAAUCCAACAGUAAAUUUUAUUCAUGGUUUAAUGUGGGUAUUAAGAAAUUUAAGUUAAUUAUCAAAUAAUAUUUAUUGUUAAUUCUUUGAUAUUUUAUAAAUGAACAUAAACUUCAUUGAAAAGUUUCAAAUUAAUAAUAAUGAUAUUUCAUUCUAAAUAUGCCAAGACUUUUUAUAAGGAUUAUCAACUAUAACAAGACAUAUGACAGAAGAUGAAAUAAGUGAAUUAUUUGCUACUCAUGUUUAAUUACUUAUAUUUUUGAUUUCAAAUCCUUGGGAUCCAAAAGUACAUUUGGAAUAAGCUGAAGUUCUUCGCAAUCUUUUAUAUGGUUAAGAUGAUGUAAUUGAACAAUUACUUUCACUUGGUUUAAGUGAAGUGAUCAUUAAAUUAAUGUCAAGCACUAAUUAAGAAGUUAUUGAAGAGACUAUUGGUUGUAUUAGAAAUAUUUUUGGUGCAGAAGAUGAAGAAUUAAUAACAUAAUUUUUAAAUUAGCAAUAAUUACCAAUUAUUAAAGAUUUAUUAUAUCGAUGUACAGGAGCUAAUAAAUUAGAAGUAAGAAAUGAAGCAUUUGGUGCCAUUUAAGUAUUGCUAACAAAUUAUUAAGAAUCAGCUGAAAUUGUAAUUAAAUUUGGAGGAAUAGAAAUAUUGAUUAAUUCAUUAAAUGAUACUAUUGGUCAAACAGAAAUAGUCAAUAAUAUAUUAAGUUCUUUAUAUCAAUUACUUUCAUUUGACUCAUCAAUUAAUUUAGAUUAAGUUAAGUAAUUGAUCUAAAGUUGUUCAGGAGAACAGAUAAUAAGUCAAUUUCUUGAUAGUAAUGAUGAAUUAACAAGAACUUUAGCUUUCAAAUUAAUAGGAUUUAUCAAUUUAGAGUGA